AUUUUGUGUCUGUUACUGCUGUUAUUCCUGUGACUGUUGUCAGAAUGAGCUCUAUAUCGAAUCCUACCACUACAAUGGCCAAGAAGCAGCCUGUCUCUUCGGAGCGAAGUCUUUCAGAAAAGUCUUCUUCUCUACCAGAGCCCACCCCCGGCUUCAUCCUCACCACGACCUCCACCCCCGGCACCUACACCCUCUCCUUCAGUCCCUCCUCCCCCCGCAACCCCUACCACUGGCCUCUGCGUCGCAAACUCUUCAUCUUCGUCAUCGCCCUCCUCGCCAUCAUGAACAGCGGCAUCUCCUCCGCCCUCCCCAGCAACGCAAUGCCCUACAUCCAGCCGGAGUUCUCCGUCCCCGACGGCCCGCAGUCCAGUCUGCCCACGGCCGUCUUCCUGAUCGGGUACAUCGUCGGGCCUUUGAUCUUCAGCCCGCUCAGCGAAACGGUAGGUCGUCGCUGGGUCAUGGUCCCGAGCUUUACGGUGUUUGUGCUGGGCACGCUGGGGUGCGCGCUGGCGCCCAAUUGGGCCGCCUUGUUGGUGUUUCGCUUCGUGUGUGGGAUUAUGGGCGCGGCGCCGCAGACGGUCAUUGGGGGUGUUUAUGCGGAUGUGUUUGGUGGUGGGAGGGCGAGGGGGAGGGCCAUGGUUUGCUAUAUGUCUGCAGCUAGCUUCGGACCCAUCCUGGGCCCUAUCAUCUCCGGGUUUGCGUCGCAGUAUUCCUGGCGAUGGACGUUUUGGAUCGAGUUGAUCUUUGCGGGGGUUAGUUGGCUAGGGUUGGUGUUUAUGCCUGAAACAUUCGGCCCUGUCAUUCUCAAGCGCGAAGCCGCUCGCCUCCGCAAAGCCGGCGUCAACGUCUCCUCGGCGGCGGGCAAGAUCGACUUCCUGCGCGUGUUCUCGCGUCCAGUGACGAUGAUCAUCACGGAGCCGAUCAUCUCGUUCACUGCGAUCUUCAUCUCCCUGGCCUACAGUCUCGUGUUCUUCUUCUUUCAAGCAUACCCGAUUAUCUUUGGAGGUGUCUACGGAUUGAGCAUCCAAACAACCUCAUUAGCUUUCUUACCAGUCGGCGCCGGCGCCUCCACCGUCGGCCUCCUCGCCCUAACCUACGACACAUACUACGAGCGGGCCAAAAAAGCCGGCCGCGAAUGGACCGCCAGCCCGGAACUUCACCGUCUCCCCGUCUCCUGCCUCGGCGGCAUCUGCCUGACCAUCUCGCUCUUCUGGCUCGCGUGGACGGCCCAGCCCAGUAUUCCCUACGCCGUGCCCCUGGCAUCGGGCUUCCUGUUCGGCUUCGGCUACCAGACUAUCUUCGUCAGUUUGUUGACGUACGUCACGGACGCGUAUACGAUCUACUCGGCGAGUGCGUUGGCCAGCUCCGUGAUUAUUAGGAGUGUGAUGGGCGCGGUGUUUCCGAUGGCGGUGAAGCCCAUGUAUGCGGCUUGGGGGGUGCAGUGGGCGACGAGCUUCGUGGGGUUGUUGAGUUUGUUGUGUGCGCCGAUUCCCUUUGCGUUGGUGGUUUUUGGGCCCAGGGUUAGGGCGGCGAGUCGGUUUUGUCAGGGGAUGAGGGAUUCUGCUGGUGAUGCUGGGGAGGAGGAGAGGGAGAUACAGCUAGAUAGAGUAGAUAGAUCUUUCGGUAAUGCUUAA